AGACUAUCACGACCAAGAGCAUUGUAUGACGACAGAAAAGAAAACGGAGGAGGAUGAGUACGCUUUCGAAGAGUACGACGAGCAGGAGCAGGAGAAGAGAGCGAUAGAGGAACGCAGAAAGCGUCGUGAAGCUUUACAAGCGGAAUAUGAGCGUUCUAAGAAAACAGACACACCUAGCAAUGAACUAACACCAGUAGUCGGUGAUAUAAAGGGUAAAACAGCCGAUAAUACAGAUACGAUACCAGCUGUAGAUUAUAGCGAUAAGCUCGAUAGACCGGAGAAUAAACAACCACAACGGUUUGAUACUCCUGAUGAUGACAACGAAGAUGAUAUGUUUGCACUAUCGAACGAGCACCUCACUAAGAAGCAGAAAACAACACACAAUACAACCGCAGGGUUCACAGCAGACGGUGCAACAGACCCUGAAGGAUAUUACGCCACAACACUCGGUGAAAAACUCGAUAAUGGUCGUUAUUUGGUAUUCGCUAUGCUCGGUUCAGGGAUGUUCUCUACCGUCGUCAGAGUGAAGGACAGUAAAGCAGAUGACAAAGAGUACGCAGUCAAGAUUAUCCGUUCGCAGGAAUCUAUGUAUAAAGCAGCCCAGAAGGAGAUUACACUCCUCGAGAGACUAAAGGAACUAGACGAGGAUGAUAAAAAACACGUUAUACGACUCGAACGAACGUUCGAACAUCGUGGACAUCUUUGCAUAGUCUUUGAAAACCUUAGUAUGAAUUUGAGAGAAAUACUCAAAAAAUUUGGCGCAAAUGUCGGUAUCAACAUAAAAGCAGUCAGAGCGUAUGCUCACCAAAUGCUUCUUGCGUUGAGUUUACUGAAAAAAGCCAACCUGAUGCAUGCUGACCUUAAACCAGACAAUAUAUUGGUUAGUGAAAACAAAGCUCAUUUGAAAGUAUGUGACCUCGGUAGCGCAGCUGAUGUCAGUGAGGGCGAUAUAACGCCGUACCUUGUCUCCAGAUUCUAUCGAGCACCUGAAAUAAUAUUGGGUUUACCUUACGACACAGCAAUUGAUAUGUGGAGUAUCGGGUGUACUUUAUACGAAAUGUAUACUGGUCAGAUUCUUUUCGCCGGCAGAAGCAACAAUGAAAUGCUCAAGAAAAUGAUGGAACUAAAGGGCAAGUUCAAUCACAAGUUAAUCAAGAAGGGCGUAUUUGGAGUGCGGAAACAAGAAAAUCAUGGUCACUUCACCGAACAUUUUGAGUUCAUUUCAUCAGAAUGGGAUAAAAUUACCCAACAGCAGAUUGAAAAACCUAUAGCGAUAUCUAAACCUGUUAAGGAUCUGCGAGCGAGACUUAUUCCAUCAAUUAAUGAACAGAAACACAUGAAAGAGGAUGAAAUCAAGUCAUUACAGUCGUUUGUCGACUUGCUAGAUAAGAUGUUAGCAUUAGAUCCACUCAAGCGGAUAUCAGUAAAGGAUGCACUCUCACAUCCCUUUUUCCAUACGAUUAAUUUAUAAUUAUUUAUAAAAGAAAUAAAGAUGCAUAUUUUUAGUUGUACGGGCAGUCAGUCUAUCUAAGAUGAUACAAUUAUGCCAAGACUUCUUCAGUUUCUUCGAUGAUCUCAUCGAUCCAUUCUUCGACAGUUGUGUCAUCUUUACCUUGGUUGGAUGAUUUCUGCUCUGAUUGGAUUUGUUCAAGUGAUGCACGGCAACGUUUACGCCAUUCAUUCCAUUGAUCAACAAGUCUCUUACGUUGAGUUAAUAAUUCUGCACUAACGUUGGACUCUUCAGCAGCAUCCUCAUCUUCGAAUAUACGAGAGUAUUCUCUGAGAUUCUUUCUAAUCUUCUUUUGUUCAUCCUUUGGUAAAAGUGUCUUUGGUCUAGGUCUCCAUAAGAAUUGUUUGAAGUUCUCAACUGAAGCCUUCGUCAAUUCUUGUCCCUUGAUAUCCCAAACGGCGUAACCAUUUUCAAGUUGAUGUCUCCAGACUGAUGCUGAAGCUGCUAUGAAUCUACCAGAUGGAUCCCAUUCGAUAUCUGUAAUACCGUAGAAUUCUGCAUUAGCAAUUUGUUGAAUUUCUUCCUUCUUUUCAUCAGCUGCGUAAUCGGCGUCCCAGAAUUCCAAAUCGAAUUUAGAUUGUGAUCCAAUUGUAGCCAAUAUGAGAUGUCUACCUCUUGGACUCCAGUGAAUAGUGUUGACAGAUUUAUUUUCAAGUGUCUUCAACAAUUUGAAUACACCCUUUGCUUUAUCAAGUUGGUAGAAGCUAGCAGCUGUCUUGAGUGUAACACCAGGUGCUAAUUGUUGAUUUGCAGUUGUAUCUGGUUGAGUAAUUAUAGCGAAUCUUUCACCUUUUGGUUCCCAUGCGAAGAAUGUAACAAGAUCUUUGAGUUCGACGACUUCAACUGGAUAAUCCUUCUCACGAACUCUAAAUAUUUCCAAAUUACAAAACAUAGACUUCUUUGUCUUGGUAUGACGAUGUACUUGAACACAUAAGAAAUCACCAUGGUUGUGCCAGUUUAAUUUAGCAUUUGAAACGUUGAAUAAGUUCUUCGAUCUUAAAACUUGUCUAGAUGGGAAUGAAAGGAGUGUUACUCUUGCAGGUUGAUUCUCAACUUCAGGUGUCCAAUAUGCUAACAUAUUUUCACGUGUACCCUUGUUGUUAGCUGACGCGAUUGCGUCCUUGUCUCCCCAUGGACACCAAUCGAAAUCAACAACACCUGGUAUCUUCAAUGACUUCUUAUCAACUAAUCCCAUAUCAGGUACACCAUAAAUAGAGAUUUGUUGACCUGGAACUAAUCUUGCGAUGUAUUUUUCAUCACCAGACCACUUGAUAUGUGGCCAAGGCAUUUUACCUGGAGUUGUAGGGAAUGUACGCAGCAAAUCACCAGUCUUGAUGUUCCAAACAGCUAAUGAGUUACCUUGAUCAUCUUCACUGAAUGGGCAAACAGUCGAAGAACCAGGUUGUGGUAAAACUAUAGGCUCAUUUGACCAGGUGACAAAGUAGUUUUCUUUUGGUGAGAAGUCAACUAAUUUAACAUUUGGAUGAGCAAAUCUGCAAACUUCAUUCAAGGCAGGACCACCGUGGAGCAUGACACCUUGACGGUGUAAGGUAGCAAUAUAGGUACCUUCUGGGGAGAAAGUGAUGUAGCUGUUUGUCCAGUUGUUCUUGGUUUGAACUACCUGUGGAGCACCUGAGCGGUUGUGGUAGUUCAAAUUAACUUGAUCAUUUUGGAAGGUAAUGAAUUGAUCUCUACCUUGGCUAUCUGAUAACCAAGAACGGAGGUGAUCUUUUGGCUUGUAUUCUUGAAUAGUUGGUUGGACGAAUUGAUCUGAAGCAUUUAAAUAUUGGUCAAUUUCUGAGAACUUGUUUAUCAAGAAAGUGUGCUUUGAAUCAAAUGGUGCGUUGUCUAAUCUAGCUAUCAAGUUUGUAGCUUCUUGUGAGUUUUUGAGUGUUAAGAAGAUAUAACCUUGACCUUUUCCUUCAGUCAUUGGCAUAUAAAACUGAUCAUCCUCUACUUCAAUUUGUGCUUUACCGGAGAAGGUCUUCCUCAAAGCCUUGAACAACUUUGGCAUCUUAUCCUCGCCGACCUCUGGCAUUCCAUCGAGCACGACGAUAGAGUCUAAGUGGUUUAAGUCUUCUAAUUGAUGCUUUUUGUAUAUAUCACUAAAAUCAAUUUCCUCUACUGACAUGAUGGGAAGGAGA